AUGCUGCGGGAAGUUGAGCUGGACGAACUGGAUGUCGAUGUGAGGGUUUGGGUGGUGCUUGAAACCGUGAGGGAGGUGCUUUCGCUCGUGCUGGAAGUGAAGCUCGAAGUCGAUGAGCGGGACGUCGUAGAGGAAGUCGUCAUGGACGUCUUGCUGCUGGAGGUGCUCGUCUGGCUUGUGGCAGUCGAAGUUGCGCUUGCGGUGGUUGUGGAAGUGAUUGAAGUUGCUGAUGACGUCUUAGAUGUGGAAGUGCUGGUGGUUAUCGUCCUGGAUGUCGUUGCAGAGGUGGAGGUAGUAAAGGUUGCACUGCUGCUUGAUGUAGUGGUCGAUGUCCCCGAAGUGCUUGUCCAAGUAACCGUGCUGCUUAGUGUUUCUGUGCUAGAUGAUGUGAUGGAAACAGUGGUGGACCUAGAUGUUGUGGUUACGGUGCCAGAAGUACUUGUGGAAGUCACGCUCGUUGAACUGGUACUGCUGCUGACGGUUGUGCUGCCUGUUGAUGUCGUGGACCGUGUGGCACUUCUCGUAGAUGUUGUGCUAAACGUCGCGGUGCUCGACGUGGCAGUAGAUGUGGCCGAAGUACUCGUGGAUGUACUUGUCCUGCUUGCUGUUGUCGUGCCUGUUGACGUUGUGGAAAUUGUGGCACUGCUCGUAGAUGUUCUGCUAAACGUCGUGGUGCUUGACGUGGCAGUAGACGUGCCCGAAGUACUUGUGGAUGUAGAUGUUGUGCUUGCUGUUGUCGUGCCUGUGGACGUCGUUGACAUUGUGGUACUUCUCGAAGAUGUUGUGCUGUACGUCGUGGUGCUCGAAAUAGUGCUGGAAGUGGUCGCAGAACUUGUAGAUGUCGCUGUGAUGCUUGUCGCUGUGGCACUUGCUGUAGUGGUGGAGGUGCCUGAAACACUCGUAGAAGUCUCCGUGGUUGACCUUGUGCUGCUUCUCGUGGAUGUUAUGCUAGAAGUUGAGGUGUCUGAAGCGGUGGUGGAGGUGCUCCAAGACGUCGUGGAUGUAGUGCUUGCGCUUGUGCUAGCCGUAGUCGAUGUAGCGGUAGCUGUGGCCGAGGUGCUCGUGAAAGUUGGGAGUGGGAUGGUAGUGGAACUUGCAGUCAUGCUCGUCAUGGUGGUGAAUGUGACCGAAGUGCUUAUGGACGUGAAUGUCGUUGAUGUAGAGGUCGCGGAGAUAGUGGUACUUUGCGUGGAUGUUGAGCUGGAGGAUUUAGAGCUUGAGGUGGAAGUCGAGGUGCCCGAAGCAGUUGUGGAUGUCGUUCUGCUCGUUGUCGUUACGCUUGCAGUGGUGCUUGAUGUUACAGUGGAUGUAACAGAAGUACUCGUGGAAACGGACGAUGUCGAACUUGUGGUGCUGCUGGUGGCAGUGCUGCUAGAUGUCUGUGUGGAGCUUAUGCUAGUGCUGGAGGUGAUGGUAGACGUUUGUGAAGUAGUUGAGGAGCUGGAAGUUCUUGAGACUGUGGUGCUGCUGGCGGUUGCCGUGCUAGAUGUUGUGCUGGAAGCCGUCGUGGUGCUUGCUGUAGUGGACGACGUGGCCGAAGUGGUCAUGGAGGCCGUGGUGCUGCUUGUUGUGACAGUGAACGUGACGGUAGUGCUCGUGGAAGUCAGUGUUGUUACAGUUGUGGUGCUGCUGACCGUUGAUGUUGUGGAAGUCGCCGUGUUUGAGGCGGUGCUAGAGGUGCUCGCAGUAGUUGUGAAUGUUGCUGUGGUGCUUGUGAUUGUUGUGCUGAGAGACGUAGUGGAGGUGAUGCUGGUCCUUGUUGUCGUGGCGGACGUUGUCGUGACGCUUGAUGUGACAGUGAACGUGACCAAGGUACUCGUGGAAGUUAGAGUUGUUCCACUUGAAGUGCUGCUAAGCGUAGCUGUUGUGGAAGUGGCUGUGGUCGAAGCAGUGGUAGAGGUGCUCCUGGUACUCGUGGACGUUGCUGUGGUGCUUGUGACUGUUGUGCUGAGCGACGUGGUGGAGGUGGUGCUCGUCCUUGACGUCGUGGUCGACCAAGUCGCGGAGGUUGACGUGAUACUAAAUGUCACCGAAGUGCUCGUUGAAGUCAAGGUUGUUGCAGUUGUGGUGCUACUCACUGUUGCGCUUGUGGACGUCGCGGUGCUGGAUGCGGUGCUAGAGGUGCUCGCAGUGCUUGUGGAUGUUUCCGUGAUGCUUGUGACUGUUGUGCUGAGCGACGUAGUUGAGGUGGCCGUGGCGCUCGCUGUAGUGGUGGAGGUGCCUGAAACACUUGUGGAAGUCUCCGUGGUUGACCUUGUGCUGCUUCUCGUGGAUGUUAUGCUAGAAGUUGAGGUGUCUGAAGCGGUGGUGGAGGUGCUCCAAGACGUCGUGGAUGUAGUGCUUGCGCUUGUGCUAGCCGUAGUCGAUGUAGCGGUAGCUGUGGCCGAGGUGCUCGUGAAAGUUGGGAGUGGGAUGGUAGUGGAACUUGCAGUCAUGCUCGUCAUGGUGGUGAAUGUGACCGAAGUGCUUGUGGACGUGAAUGUCGUUGAUGUAGAGGUCACGGAGAUGGUGGUACUUCGCGUGGAUGUUGAGCUGGAGGAUUUAGAGCUUGAGGUGGAAGUCGAUGUCCCCGAAGCAGUUGUGGAUGUCGUUCUGCUUUUUGUCGUCGUUGUGCUGACAGUCGUGGACAAGGAUGUGGUCGUGCUCAGUGAGGUGGUAGAUGUGGACGAAGUCAUGGUCGAGCUUGUGGUGCUGGUGAUGGUUGUGCUCCCUGUUGAUGUCGUGGACCGCGUGGUACUUCUCGUAGAUGUUGUGCUGAACGUAGUGGUGCUCGAUGUGACAGUAGACGUGCCCGAAGUACUCGUGGACGUACUUGUCCUGCUUGUUGUUGUCGUGCCUGUUGACGUCGUAGACCUUGUAGUACUGCUCGUAUAUGUUAUGCUAAGCGUCGUCGUGCUCGACGUGGCAGUAGACGUGCCAGAAGUACUCGUGGAUGUUCUCGUGCUCAUUGUAGUUGAUGUACUGAGCGAUGUAGUUGAGGUCGCUGUGGUGCUCGAUGUGAUGGUGGAGGUGCCUGAUGUACUCGUAGAUGUAUCCGUCGUUGAACUUGUGCUGCUUCUUGUAGAUGUUGCGCUUGAAGUUGAAGUUUUUGAACUGGUGGUGGAGGUGCCCGAGGAGCUUGUGGAUGUAGUCAUCGUGCUUGUGGCUGUUGUGGCGGAUGUCGUAGUAUGUGUGGCCGAAGUGCUUGUGGAAGUUGUGAUAGUUGAACUUGUCGUGAUGCUUGUCGUAGUGAUGCUCGUCGUUGCCGUGCCUGUGGUGGACGUGGAUGUUGAUGUGCUUCCCGUGGAUGUUGUGCUAGAAGUUGCACUGCUCGAAGUGCUGCUCGUGGUACCGGAAGUACUUGAGGACUUCGAGGUGCUGCUGGUGGUUGCUGUGGCAGACGUGGUGGUGCUUAAAGUUUUGGUGGAUGUGAUCGAAGUGCUCGUGGAAGUUACGGUUGCUGAGCUCGUGCUGCUACUCGUGGCAGUUGUGCUAGAGCUUCUGGUUGCAGAGCUGCUGGAUGUUGUGGAAGAGACCGAGGUGCUCGUGGUCCGGCUGCUGGACGCACUCGUUGUAGAGGUCGAUGUCCUGCAGCCAACUCUCAGCCAACUAAACUAA